AUGAAAUCGCAAAAAUAUGUCGAUUUUCUUCAAAUUUUCUCAACUGGCACAUCAAUAUUUCUAAACACAAUUUUGAUUAUUCUAAUCAUCACCAAAUCACCAAAACAUCUUGGAUCAUAUAAAUAUUUGAUGAUCUACAUUUCGAUCUAUGAACUGGUUUAUACGAUUCUCGAUGUUUUGCUUGCUCCGUUGAUUUUUUCACAUGGCUCAAUCUUCCUGGUUAUCAUCUCAAAAAUCGAUAACCGUAUAACAACUAACAAACAAGUUCUACUUUAUCUCGACUCAAUUUGGUGCGGAUUUUUUGGAGCAUUCAUGGGUGUUUUUGCACUACAGUUUAUUUAUCGAUACUACGUAGUUUCUGGGUGAGAUUAAUCCAAUCUUUUCAAACAUCAAAAAAUUUUUCAGAUCAAUAAAGAUCAAAAGUUUCAAUGAUUAUCGAAUCGUAUUCUGGAUGUCAAUCCCAGUCAUAACCGGAGUGAUUUGGGGAACUGUGGUUCAUGUGUUAAUUGGUCCCACGAAACAAGCAGAUCUUGCGAUCGAAAGUAUCUUACUUUCCGAGUUUGACACACACAUCGAUGACAUAACCUAUGUCGGACCAUACAUUUACCAACAACAAGAUGAUGGAAGUGUGGAAGUCAGCAAAGAUUCUCUGAUCGCAAUGAUUGUUAUGUUAUCAAUCAUCUUGUUCUCAAUAAGUUUCAUAGUUUUCUCCGCAGUCAAAUGCUUCAUUCAACUAAAUGUGUUCUUACAAAUCAACAAAAAUCUAUCAAGAAAUUACAGCAGUUUUCAAACGCAAUUAUUCUACGCCCUGAUUGUUCAAACCCUAAUCCCUCUGAUUCUCAUGCAUCUUCCCUGCCUAACACUCUACAUUUGCACUAUGCUCGAUAUCGAUUUGGGACAUUCCAGUGUUAUUCUAACACUGACUAUUGCUAUAUUUCCAGCAUUAGACCCUCUUCCAGUUAUGUUAAUCAUCAAGGAUUAUCGAUGUGUCUUAUCAAACAUCGUAACAACCCGUGUUAUCAAGCUUCCAAAAUCAAAUAAUUAA